AAUUGUCUCUGAAAAAGUAAAAUUUGUAUCUCUUUUUUCAAAAAUAAAAUAAAAUCAAUAAAAUAUAACAUAUAAUAUAUAUUGAUGAAAAAAUUUUAAUAAUUAAUUUAUAUAAAUAUAUCUUAAUGUGACACUUAUCAAUUCUCUAAUGUCGUUUGUCAAGUCUAAAAAUUUUAAUGUAUAAGGUAUGAUGCAAAAUGGGCCAUGGAAGUAUUCUUAACCAUAUGAUAAACUGAUGUAUUGGUCUUCCCCUCAACAUUAAACUCUGGCUCCCUCCCUCCCUGCAUGGGCACCACCAACAAUUGGCUCUAUCAAGAUGGACAAACCGAAUCCAAUCCAGAAUUUAAUGGAAAUAUAACAACAGUGGUCAAACGACAAAUGUACUGACUUCCACAUUUCCUUUGUCCUGGGUGACACUUCUGCAUUUCCUGUUACUUAAAAAGAUUCUAAAAGAAAAGAAAAAAUGUUCCAAGGUUGCCACUGUCUUAUUCAGCAAUCGCGAACACAGACUUUUGCUCUUUUGUUUUUGGAAAAAGUCCCAGCAAUGUCAGCUAUCAUGAUAUUCAUAAGCUUUUCAUGUGCUCUUCACUUUAAAAUUCCCAUCAGAGGUCAUUAUCUGGAGGUUAGAACUGGAUGAGAUUAACUUUAAAAGCUGGCUAUGGGACAGUGAGAGAAAAGCAACAGAUCUUUUUGCAGCUAAAAAUCGAGUAUAUACUGGUUAUUGUAUACUGACCAAGACAUGAGACCUGGUUUACUGGCUUUUGUAUAGUUUCACUUCACCACCCAAUUCCAAAAUGGGAAAUAUGUUUACUAAAACCUGAUUUCACCAGACCCUAGCUCUGACACUAGUGAAUUUAAAUACAGCAAUCCAAAAGCAUAUUUGACAUUUGGCCUGUAAAAAAAUUUCUACUCAAAAGUGCGGUCCCACAGCAAACAACUGCCUUUUUCCGGCUCCUCUAAUAUACCCUUGUCCCACGUCCACGAAUCCAAGUGAGUACCAAAAGCUAAGAAAGGAAUUGAGCGUGAGAUGGUCCUAGCAGCUUUUACUAUGCUCACAAGAAAAAGCUUACCUCCACUGAAGUCACUACUGAAAAAGGGCCAACUAAAAUAGCCAUUGAUGCAUAUUCUACAUAGAGAAGUUAAGCAAAUGGCUCUGAUUAAUCUGUGUCAACAGAGUUAAUUUAUGAUCUGGUGAUCUCCCUCGUUUGCACAUGCAUUGCAUUUAAGAACUCAAGUUUGGUUGGCAAGUGGGGUUGAGUACUUUCUUUCCCACCACCCAUCAACUUUGCUGAGCCUUUCUUAUUUUGUAUUCAGCCACUUUGCCUGUUUGCUUACUUAAGUACCAAGAGGCCAUCGGCAUUAGAAACUAACUACUCCAUUUCCUAUAAAAACAGGUUAAUGUCUAUGUGAUAAAAGAUGAUUUGUGAUCUUUAAUCAUUACUCAAACCCGUGACUGACUGUCGCAAUGCCAACUAUUGUUUUCUAACCUGGCUAUGAUUAAGCAGAUCCUCCUUUCAUUUCUACAUUAUCAAUCAAAACGGUGUCAAAGGGCAAAAGGGAAACCUUUUGUUCCUACUCCUACUUCUCUUUGCUUCAGAGUUUCUCUUUCCUCACCCAAUGUUGAGUCAACUUGGGAACACUCUCGUUCUCUCUCUUGUACAAUUGGGUUUCACGGGAGUGGAUUAUCAUCCUCUUUGGUUGCGGCAAUCUGUCCCACUAAAAAACUUCUGCACCUGGUCUAAACACUUUUAUAUUCUCCACUACUAUUUCUUUCUUUGUCCUAAGCUGCCCACUCCUAUAGACUAUACAAUCAUGUCUGUCCCUUCUCCAUCUUCAUCCUCCUUUGUUUUCACUUGUUUGCUUAUCAUUUUCUUGCUCACAUUAAGCUCCUCCGAUUGUCAACCCAUCAGCACCCCUGCGAAACGCCUCCCACGCCAACUUUCUGUCAGUUACUAUGCGAAAUCUUGCCCACAACUUGAGCAACUAAUCGGCUCCAUCACCUCCCAACAAUUCAAAGAAGCCCCUGUCUCCGCACCUGCCACCAUUCGCCUCUUCUUCCAUGACUGCUUUGUAGAAGGUUGUGAUGCAUCUAUCCUUAUAGCAACAAAUUCUGGAAAUAAGAUUUUAGCUGAGAAAGAUGCAGAGGACAACAAGGACCUGAGAACGGAGGGGUUUGAUACAAUAACGAGAGCCAAGACUUUGGUGGAGAGCAAGUGCCCAGGCGUUGUUUCCUGUGCUGAUAUUCUUGCAAUUGCAGCCAGAGAUUUUGUCCAUUUGGCAGGGGGACCUUAUUACCAAGUGAAGAAAGGAAGGUGGGAUGGGAAAAUAUCAAUGGCAUCCAGGGUCCCUUACAACCUCCCACAUGCAAAUUCAACCGUCGAUCAACUGAUCAAACUCUUCAGCUCAAAAGGGUUAACUGUCCAGGACCUGGUUGUGCUCUCGGGUGCCCACACUAUCGGCUUUGCCCGCUGCAAGUACUUUGUGGGCCGACUCUACGAUUACAAGGGAACUAUGCAGCCUGACCCUGCCAUUGACCCAAGACUCCUGAAGGCACUAAAAAUGUCAUGCCCGCAUGUUGGCGGCAAUGCUGACAUUGUUGCUCCAUUUGAUGUUACGACCCCGUUCUUGUUCGACCAUGCUUAUUAUGCAAAUUUGGAGGGUAAAUUGGGCUUGUUAGCUUCGGACCAAGGUCUUUUUUGGGACCCUAGGACCAAGCCUCUGGUCCAAUCUCUUGGUCAAGAUAAGGCUAAGUUCUUCCAGGCCUUCUCAGAAGCUAUGGACAAAAUGGGCUCAAUAGGUGUUAAAAGAGGCAGAAGACAUGGAGAGACGAGGACAGUUUGUAGUAUGCACAUGUGAAGCUUGUGGCUUCCCUCUUUUUUGUUUUUUCCCC